AUGGAACCGAACAAAAUCUAUGACCUUGUUCAAGCUCAUUAUGGUGAGCUUGCUUCCAAGGAGCAUACACGUGCCGAGGAGAAUGUGGCGAAAGCCUUUGGAUAUAAAGCAUCAGAUUUGAGCUCUAUUCCACUAGAUGCAAACCUCGGAGUGAGCUGUGGGAAUCCUGUUGCUCUUGCCAACUUACGAAAGGGCGAAAUAGUGAUCGACUUGGGUAGUGGUGGGGGCAUUGAUGUCUUACUAGCAGCCCAAAAGGUUGGGCCGAAGGGAAAAGCAAUUGGCGUGGACAUGACGAAGAGCAUGCUCGAGUUAGCUCGGAAGAACGCAGAGAAAGCGGAUGCAUCCAAUGUAUCCUUUGUCGAGGCCUCCAUUACUUCCGUUCCUCUUCCAGAUUCCACAGCUAGCUGCAUUAUCAGUAAUUGUGUUGUGAAUCUGGUCCCUGCUGCCGACAAGUAUCUAGCCUUCAACGAGAUGUUUCGCUUGUUGACACCGGGCGGUCGUGUUGCUAUUAGUGAUAUACUCAUUCGAAAACAGCUCCCUGAAGAGAUAGCAAAAGACCUGUCUCUUUAUGUUGGAUGUAUUGCGGGCGCUAGUUAUGUUUAUGAGUAUGAGGAAUACCUACACAAUGCGGGAUUCAAAGGCGCGUAUCACGUGCUAAUUGUGGAUACUCAAAAGGACCUUAACAUUUACAAAGGUAUAUUUCAAGACCAACCGGGCCAGAAGUUUGAGCUCACUGAAGAGGAGGUAAAGGAACUCGACUUUAAUGAAUGGGCUGGCUCGUUCGAGAUCUAUGCACUCAAACCGUAG